GCGGGGUAGGUUGGGACGGUAGUUUAAUUACGUGCCGGGGAAUUGCGUCAAUUUGUACUUUAGCAUUUGAAAAAAGUGCUGUGAGCGUGGAGUGGGGCUGGUGGAGAGUGAGGCGAAUGUGCGGUUUUGAAACCAGAGGACCGUAAGUCCCUCUCCCUCCCAACGAGACCGUCCCGCGGGCUCUGCGGCCGCCUCUGGACCGUCCGGAGAGAACAUGGCGGCGCCCGGAGCCCGGAGCUGCAGCCUCUCGGGCCUGCUCCCGGCUCAGACCUCGCUGGAGUACGCUCUGCUCGAUGCCGUCACCCAGGAGGAGAAGGACAGCCUGGUCUACCAGUAUCUGCAGAAGGUGGACGGCUGGGAGCAGGACUUGUCAGUGCCCGAGUUUCCGGAAGGAUUAGAAUGGCUGAACACAGAAGAAUCUAUUUCUGUCUACAAGGAUCUAUGUGGAAAAGUGGUUGUCCUUGAUUUCUUCACCUACUGCUGCAUAAACUGUCUUCACCUGUUGCCUGAUCUUCAUGCAUUAGAGCACACAUACUCUGAUAAAGAUGGUCUUCUGAUUGUUGGUGUUCACUCGGCUAAGUUUCCAAAUGAAAGAGUCCUGGAUAACGUUAAGAGUGCUAUUCUUCGAUACAACAUCACCCACCCUGUGGUUAAUGAUGCAGAUGCCAGCCUUUGGCAAGAACUAGAAGUUUCCUGCUGGCCAACUCUGAUCAUACUUGGACCCCGUGGAAACAUGUUGUUUUCUUUGAUUGGAGAAGGACAUAGAGAGAAAUUAUUUUUAUAUACUUCAAUAGCUUUAAAAUAUUACAAAGACAGGGGACAGAUCAGAGAUAAUAAAAUUGGAAUAAAACUCUAUAAAGAUUCUUUGCCACCUUCACCAUUGCUGUUUCCUGGCAAAGUAACGGUAGACCAUGUUUCUAAUAGAUUGGUAAUAGCAGACACUGGACAUCAUAGAAUUUUGGUCGUCUGGAGGAAUGGACAAAUUCAGUACAGCAUUGGAGGACCCAACCCUGGAAGAAAAGAUGGAAUGUUUUCAGAGUCAACUUUUAACUCACCACAAGGUGUAGCCAUAAUGGAUAAUAUCAUAUAUGUGGCAGAUACAGAAAACCACCUUAUAAGAAAGAUUGACCUAGAAGCUGAGAUGGUGAGCACUGUAGCUGGCAUUGGAAUUCAAGGUACAGAUAAAGAAGGUGGAGCUAAAGGAGAAGAACAGCCCAUUAGCUCUCCUUGGGAUAUAGUUUUUGGAAGGUCAGGUUCAGAGGUCCAAAGAGAUGACAUUCUGUGGAUAGCCAUGGCAGGGACUCAUCAGAUAUGGGCAUUCCUGUUGGACUGUGGCAGAUUACCAAAGAAAAAUGAGUUAAAAAAAGGAACCUGCCUUCGGUUUGCUGGAAGUGGAAAUGAAGAGAAUCGAAAUAACUCAUAUCCUCACAAAGCCGGUUUUGCCCAACCUUCAGGUCUUUCUCUGGCCUCAGAGGAUCCCUGGAGCUGCCUGUUUGUAGCAGAUAGUGAGAGCAGUACAGUGAGAACCGUCUCGCUGAAAGAUGGAGCAGUAAAGCACCUCGUGGGAGGAGAGAGAGAUCCUAUGAAUUUAUUUGCUUUUGGUGAUGUUGAUGGAGUAGGAAUCAAUGCAAAGCUUCAACACCCACUUGGAGUAACUUGGGACAAGAAAAGGAAUUUAGUUUACGUGGCAGACUCUUACAAUCACAAGAUUAAAGUUGUGGAUCCAAAAACAAAAAACUGUACAACAUUAGCGGGAACUGGAGAUGCAAGUAAUGUUAUCGGUUCCAAUUUCACCGACUCAACUUUUAAUGAACCAGGAGGCUUGUGUAUUGGAGAGAAUGGUCAGUUAUUAUAUGUGGCAGACACCAAUAACCAUCAAAUUAAAGUGAUGGAUUUAGAAACAAAAACAGUUUCUGUGCUCCCAGUCUUCAGAUCUGAAAGUGCUAUGGUGGACGGCCCAUUCCCAGCAGAAAAACAGAAGACCUUACCCAGACUACCUAAAUCUGCUCCAGACAUUAGACUUUCCCCGGUGGCUGCAUCUCCAGGGCAAACUCUUCAGUUCAAGCUAAGAUUAGACCUCCCAUCAGGAACAAAGCUAACUGAAGGAGCACCCAGUUGCUGGUUUCUGUCAGCUGAAGGCAAUGAAUGGCUUCUUCAAGGACAGAUACCAUCUGGAGAGAUAGAGAGCAUUUCCAGUCAACCAACAAUCUCACUGCAGAUCCCUGGGGAUUGUUUAUCACUCGAAGCCGUUCUCUCUAUCAGCGUAUUUCUUUAUUACUGUAGUGCAGACAGCAGUGCCUGUAUGAUGAAGGGAAUUUUGUUCAGUCAGCCUUUACAAAUAACCGAUACACAACAAGACUACAUACCUCCAGUAGAACUCAAGUAUAUAUUUUAGCAAGCUGGCUAGCAUCCCAGUGCCUCCUGUUCUCCAUCCCCACCAUCACUGUGUAAUUUAUGAAAAGAAACUUUAUUUCUGCCUCUGGGUACCCAGAAACCCAUUGUUGAGUUCUAGCAACUGAUACUAAAAUAAAGCUAGGCUCCUUAUUUAUUUAUUA